AUGUACGUUGCGUUGUGGUACAAGCAUGGCAAGCCAAUCCAUGGACGUGCGUGGAACAACAACGGCGGUGUUGAGUGCUCGUUUCCCUAUAGUAAAGUCGAGCUGUCAGGCGCUAAGGACCUCGGUGGACAAAUCCAGAUUCUCACCUAUAAGGGAGAUUUUGAUUCACUGGGAUAUUGGUAUGAAUGGCUUCCAGUCAAGACACGCUUAGCAGGCGAGGCACAUCGUGAACUCGUCCGAUGUGGGCAGUCGACACCUGUGCUGAUGCCAUGCAAGGACGGGCAGCAGAGAAUCGGCUACCUGGAUCUGAGCACUGAAAUUGCUCUGGUAUCAGUAGGUGGCAAAACAGAGAGCUUGGCUGGUAGCCCGGCGCAAGAACUCCUAGGCAUUUUCCGCAACCUGCGUCCACCACCUACUGGUGUUAAGAUCUACGAAGACCUCUGGGGAGACAUGAAGUUUGGCGACAAUUUCCCGAAAAAUGUGGUGCCGGCCGAUUACCGUCAGUUGAAGACAGAAACUGGCCCGAUGAAUCAAUAUGUAGCACUGUGGUACAAACACGGAGAACCGGUGUUCGGCCGUGCCUAUCCGAGCCAGUCCGGAAAGAUUGUGGCAAGUUUUGGUGCCAAUAACCAGGAGAACAGCGGUCCAGAAAUCGGUUCAAUGCAAAUGCUUACAGUACCUGACGAAAGCAAGAUGGGUCUCGAAUACAAAUGGAUAACGACAGCCGAAGGAAGAAGCGGUGGAUGGACUAUGGUACAUGUUGGCGACUCCGCACCUGUGAUUGUCGUUGAUGAGAAGGGUAACGAAUACUUGGGCAACUUAGAUACUGGGAAGGAUAAAGCAUCAAUUGGUUGGGCUGGUAAAGAAAAGGUGAGGAACUUUACACACGAGUGA